UAGGAGAGGUGAGAAACCUGAUACUUCGGGAUGGGAGGCCAUGCCGCUCUGUCUGCCACUACUUUUGAUCCAGGCGUGUGUGAGCCGUUCCUUCAGCCAAAACAGGUGCUCUCUCCACUUUUCAUCUUUUCCGUACUCAUACCCUAGCUGCUCUACCUCUCUCUCCCACACACAAGCAAACUCCAUCGGAAAGCCGAAGAAUCCAAAGGUUGGUCAAGGACAUGGGGAGAAGAGCACUUUGGAAAUGGGUACGAAAGGAAAUAAACUUGCUGAACUGCUUUGGCAUCUAUUGUUCUGGUUUUUCUUUGACAAGUUAACUUGCUCUCUCUUUGCGGUAAGGUGCACAGAUAUGGGAAAAUCACGACAGGGGAAAGCUGGGAUAGUGUUGUGGAUGAGGGGACCUAUUACGAGUAAGAGUCUGGACUUGGUUCUGGUUCUGUCUGCAUAUAGGCUGAGCCGCAUUACGGGUGGGCAGAUGUCGUUGGUGACUCUAGCCAAUUGCUGUCAAUUAAACCUCGAGAAAGGCCACCUGGCGUCUACCCUGCCCUUGAUUUUGGAUCAUUGUCGCCUUCAGUUGAUGAACCACCAGAUGAAUUUUCUCCAAUAUCGUGCGGCUCAAAGAAUUUUGUCAAUCUUUGAUUUUGAGUCUUUCCGAAAGUUGCUAUCAUCUCCAAAAUCCUUAUUCUGGUAUGUAGAUAGCUGCUAAGUGCUGCAGCUCACUAAGUUUGGCCUCAUGCCUUCAUUGUAGCAUGCCCUCUAUGACAAGUAAGCAUUAUAAUUCCACUUUGUGGAUUGAUAUUAAGUUGGCUUAUGGAAUAAUAUAAGGUCGUGUCAUGGUUGAACAUUUCUACAUUCUUUAUAGUUAGGAUUAUUUUUUUCUUUGUGAAAUUUUGACCUCUUGCUUUUCAAUUAAGAAGCCCGAUUACUGUUGCAAUUUUAUAGCAUGUCACUAAUAAAUAUUCGUACAUUAUUUUGAUCAACCAAUUUUCUAGGAAAAUGGCGUUUGUGAAUUGUGGUUAGACAUAGUGUUUGAAUUUUUUUUUUCCUGUUGAAAAUUGCAUGGCACAGUUAAUAAUUUCUCUAUCAUGAUUUUGUUUGAUAAAUUAGCUUCUCUAUCAAAAUUGAAGUCUGAAUAUGCCAAUACAACCAUAUAAUUAUACUAGUUGGGACAGUUUCUGCAAAUCUUUUUGUGACUUUUUUGCAGGUAUAUAUAAUUAUAAUAGUUGGGACAGUCUGAAUAUGCCAAUAGAACCAUAUAAUUUCUCUAUCAU